CCCCUCUCUAUUUAACUCCCAUCCCUCUGUCCCUCUCCACACACAUCACUUCUACCAUUUUCCUUUUAUUCUCUUCUCCAUUCCUUAAUCCUUUGUCACCAUUCAUCUUUCUACAAACAUCAGUACUAUACCUAUUCUCUUCACUUCUCUUUCACAAUCUUUUUAGCUCUUAUUUUUUUUAAACUUAAUGAUUAACAUCCCAGACAUGUCUCCAAAUUUCAGUCAAGACGAGUACUUUAACAGCCGUUGCACAUGGGUGAACGGCCCUGUAAUAGUUGGUGCUGGUCCGUCAGGUCUUGCUGUUGCUUCGGGCCUUAUACAGCGAGGUGUUCCAUUCAUAAUCCUCGAACGAGCCAACUGCAUUGCCUCUCUUUGGCAAAACCGAACUUAUGAUGGCCUUAAACUUCAUCUCCCUAAGCAGUUUUCCCAGUUGCCAGACUUUCCAUUUCCUGGAAAUUUCCCUGAAUACCCCACCAAAUAUCAGUUCAUCAACUACCUGGAAUCUUAUGCAAAACACUUUGACAUAAACCCGAAUUUCAAUGAAACAGUUAAAUCUGCUAAGUAUGAUGAAACAUUUGGGUUUUGGUGGGUUAAAACUCUUUCAUCUAGAAGUUUAGAAUCAGUUGAGUAUAUCUGCCGGUGGCUUGUAGUGGCCACUGGUGAAAAUGCAGAGAAAGUUGUGCCUGAUUUCCGAGGCUUGCAGGAUUUUGAUGGUCAUGUUUCACAUACUUGUGACUACAAAUCAGGUGAAAAUUAUAGAGGAAAGCGUGUCCUAGUUGUUGGCUGUGGCAAUUCAGGCAUGGAAGUUUGUCUUGAUCUCUGCAACCACAAUGCAAAGCCCUCGAUGGUCGUUCGAAACUCGGUUCAUGUAUUGCCAAGGGAAGUUCUUGGGAAAUCAACAUUUCAAUUAGCAGUUUUGAUGAUGAAAUGGCUACCACUUUGGCUAGUAGACAAGAUUCUGCUUAUUCUAGCACGACUCAUCCUAGGCAAUGUUGAAAAAUAUGGCCUAAAGAAGCCACCUAUAGGCCCCAUAGAGCUGAAGAACAGUCGAGGGAAGACUCCAGUUUUGGACAUUGGCGCUUUACAAAGAAUUAAAUCCGGUGACAUUAAUGUUGUCCCUGGAAUCAAAAGGUUCAACCAUAGCAGAGUGGAGCUCGUCAAUGGACAAAAUCUUGAGAUUGAUUCUGUUCUUCUCGCAACUGGGUACCGCAGCAAUGUUCCUUCAUGGCUAAAGGAAAAUGAAUUCUUUUCUGAAGAUGGGAUUCCAAAAAAUGUAUUUCCAAAUGGGUGGAAAGGCAAAGCAGGACUUUAUGCAGUUGGGUUCACAAAAAGAGGUCUUUCUGGUGCAUCUUUGGAUGCAGUAAAUGUAGCUCAUGAUAUUGCCAAGGCAUGGAAGGAAGAAACAAAGCAGAAAAUUUGUUUUUAUUUGUUUUGGCAAGUGAUGGACGAAGAAAUGAGGUCAGUUUUGCGUAGAGAAAGCCAAAUAGCCCUCUCCUAUCCAGUAUAAAACACCUCCAAGAUUUGCAAAUAAUUGGAGAUUUUCCUGUAGAAAAAGGAAGAUGAGGCUUUUUGUUUUCUGCUUGAAAAACAAACUAUUUUUGUACGAUUGCAUAAUUCAAGUCAAAUGGGAAACCUUUCAUUUUUCUUUC